AUGGAUCUUUCUCAACUUCCGGACAUCACCAGUCUGCUUGUCAGGCCAGAUAACCCUCCACGAGAUGAUCUCGAAGGAAUGGACUACGCACGAUGUGCAGCUCUACACAACUACCUGAUCCAAUAUGCCUGGCUCGCUGAAGGCCGCCCACUAGCAACUCUGAAUACCAACAGCAACUUUUUCACGGCCUUCGGUGAUGAAGCUGAAGCUGAGGCUUGUCGCCCAAGGCUUGAUCCGUCACUGGUGGCGUUCCUUGACACCGCUAUGGUGUCUCCUUUUCCUUAUGAUAAUCCCCACGAGUACCUCCCAUUCUUUGUUUUUGCAUGGGGUAUCGAUGGGCCAGAAAGACUUUUUGAGGAAUCUACAGCUGAUAUUCACGAUCAGCCCGUUGACAGCCUGGUGCGCUUAUACGCUGUGGAAACGAGCUUAUCGGCCGAGGAAGAUGGUGGCGGGGUCAUCUACCACCAAGGCUUCCACCGCGUCGCGACCUUCAUGCAUCUUGAUGACUAUGGCUAUGGCUUUCCAGUCGAGGCUCAUUCACACGUUUGGAAUCCACUAGAGACACUCCUCACCAAUUGGAUCGACCUUAUUCAUAUUGGAAAAGUUGUGGCUUCGCCUCAUAAAGAGCCAGCCUUAUUUGACAUCGAGAAGAUCGGGCCCUGGGAGUGGCGGCCCUAUAGCGAUUCCCAAGUUACUACGUGUGUCGCCGAGUGGGAUCGAUUGUGUCAGGCUAUUGAGGCGCAGCUGCCAAACCCACUAUCACUGAUCAGCUCUAACGCAGACAAUAUUAAUCCAGAGCCAUCAAUAUUGGUCGCAUCAACUGUCCUGGACGCUGCUUUAGUGCCCAACCCUUCAUUUGCCCGUGCGUUUCUGACGCGCGCGAGACGGCCCCAGUUCCGCUACAUCGCUCCAGGCCUUCUCUUGCCACCGGCUGACUCGGCUGGAUUUACGGCAGCGCAGCCAUUCAGCGUAUUACCCCGGACUAAGUAUACCGCACCGCCAGUGUGUCUUUUCCCCGCUGAUACCGGAGACCACCGUCCUAUCCAGCUCACGAGAACAACAACUCCAUUUCUAUUGCCGGACUUCUAUUCAAGGUCCACCGAAACUUGUACCCCAUCUCGCGUCUCUGCAGGCCUGUAUACUGAGGCAGUGGAGAGAAACGGCCGUGACGUGGCCGAGGAGGGAUUUCGGCUAUUGCUCCCGUUCACCUUUAAUAGUGAUUGGGACAAGAGCGUGGGCGCACGAAAAAGCGAUGGGUCCCUUGUUGAUAGAGGACGCUUUUCAGAGCUCUUUCAACAUGGAUAUAAGCCUUUUGGCGGUGACUACUACCGCUCCCAGCGGCUGGAGCGUUUGCUGGGUUGUUGGCGCAAACUGGUUGAAAAAGGCGUCUGGUCUAUUGGGGCGGAUGGGGUAGAAGGUACUAUCGAUACUUUCAAAGAUGCUGAGUCCGACCGCUGGGAGGAUUAUUAUAUCCCAGCCACGUGGUAG